AUGCAGUGCACUCGUGCAGUUGCCAGGCUGGUCAGUGGCAUCGCGAGAACACCAUGGGUGACACAACAGCCCUAUAAACAGACUCCAGCGAUAUUAGGUGUAUUGGAGCAAUCCUGUCGCUUGUGUUCAUCCACCGGCGUGGUGGAUAGUCCGAAUAAAACCAAACCCGGCGCUGGAACACCUACAGAAGGCGGAAUUCUGAAGAGAGUGCUCACCAAAGUGGGCUUCACACCGAAUACGAAGGCGCGACUUAAGGUCACCAGUCAUCUGUUGUACGAAAGCGUGGCUGAUAAGAUCAACUAUGUGGCCUUUUUCCGCGACUUCAAUCUGCCAAACACUUUCAACUCUUGGUUUUUGGUCACCGAACUGCACGUCUGGCUGCUGCUGAUGCGCUCCAUGGCCGAGGGUUCCGAAACGGGCGAGGACGGACGCUUCCUGCGGAACUGCAUCGUGGAGGCCAUGUGGGGAGAUGUCAACACACGCGCCAAGAAACUGGGAGCCCACAAUCCCUCACGCACCCGUCAGCAGAUCGAGACGUUAUCCGAGCAGUUCCAAGCGGCUCUAAUCGCCUACGACGAGGGCAUCAUGUCCGACGAUCGGGUUCUGGCCUGCGCUCUGUGGCGCCGCUUCUUCGAGAUGAACUGCGACGACUACGCGCAGAUUGAGCGGCUGGUGAAGUACGUGCGCCAACAGGCCGCCAUGUUGGACAGUUUGCCGCGCGAUCAGUUCAUUAUAAAGCCCAAGGUGGCCUGGCUGGAUCUGGACAAGUGCAAGGUGUAAUCUAAGUUUUUUCUGUUUUUUAAUAAAGUUGAGAGUAUGUAAACUAA